AUGACCUCAUUCACCUCAGCCGCCUACGACACCGACGCCGAGGCCAUGCUCAGAAAGCAGGCCUCGAGCCCAAUAUCGCCCACCACACCGCUCCCCUUUGCACCCAAACGCAGACGCCAACCCGGCGGCGGUUACCUUCCCCUACACAAGAGACGGCGAAACAGCCUCCUCGGUGUCCCCCUCAACCUUCCCCGCUCUGCGCAGGGAAGACGGCGCGCAGCUUUUCUCCUCUUUCUCAUUCUCCUGAUCAUCUGGGCACUCUACUAUGUGUUCACAACCUACGAGUUCCAGUUUGAGAUGAGCGUUUACUCGCGCAAGUGGGUCUCGGCCGAGUUUGACGGCAUCCUGCCAUUAAAGGGUUGUUUCGACAACGCGUCGCCGUCUUACAACGUCACGCGAGAGACGAGCCACAUGCUGAGUCCGGGGAUAAGCCUGAGGCGAGGCAUGACAUGCUACGACUUUGCGUCCACGGUCCAGCCUCCAUCAAAGGCAGAAAACCUGCUAUACCACACAUACUGGCGCACCGACCUGCGAGACUUCGGCGUGCGCCAGGCCGCGACCAUCGAGGCAUUCCUCGCGUCCCAACCCCACGCCUCCUCCAGGCUCAUUCUGUGGAGCAACGGCGCCAAGUCGCUCCGCCAGAGCCCAUAUGUCCGGCCAUUCCUUGACGCCUGGGGCCACGUCUUUGAGGUACGCCAGGCCGAUCUCAUGGAGCUCGCGGUCGACACCGAACUCGAUGGCCUGCUCGGUAGCGUGUACGACGCGCGCGGCUGGGUUGACGGAGACGCGCUCCGCCUCCUCCUCCUCUACCACUAUGGCGGAAUUUGGAUGGACAUGGACAUGCUUCUCACGCGCGACCUGCAUACACUCGCCGAGACUGAGUUUGUCGGCCAGUGGGACUGCUAUGACAAACCGUACUUCCAGAUGAACGGUGCCGUCAUGCACUUCCGCAAGCACUCGCCGUACCUCUGCGAGGCGUUCCACAUCAUGGCCACGUCGCCGUUCCCCAGGCCCGCGUCUUUCGGUUGGGGCUCGCACCUGUAUGCAAAGCUCCACCGCGCGCUGAUUGCGGGUGGUGUGCGCCCCUUCGCUGUGCUUCCGUGGUGCUUCACCGACCCGCGGAACUGCAGGACCGACAUCCGGUUCCCGGACCCAUUCGAAGCGGAUCCCAGCAUGUGGGGUGGUCGAGAAUGGGAGGGGGAAUCCCCGAACGGGCGCGAGAUUCUCGAGAGUAAAAUGCGGAACGUGUUCGCAAUCCACCUCCACAACCAGUGGGACAAGGAUCUCGCAGAGGGCGGGUAUAUCGAGCGGCUGUUGGUCAAAUGUCGCGAGCGUAUUGAAGGGAUCGUCAGACAAGCAAAUAGAGAAUAG